AUGGAAUUUUCCAACAUAUGUGCUUGUUGCUAUAAGCAAAAAAAACGAUGCAAACGUAAAGGAGAGUAUAGAGAAGAUCAGUUUCCUCAAUGCGCCAAUUGUAAGGUGACCAUGAAAGAUCCACCUAUUGAAUAUAACUUUAUUGAAGAAGAUGGUAAAGUGUACCUUGAUUUUGGUGAUGAAUUUAAAUUUGAAAUUUCACUAGCUCUAUCUGCUGUAUCAUCCAUUUACGUACCUCCCGUCCCUAUUAUUUUCACAAAUUCUGUCACUCAAUCGGGUUAUUUAUCGCAAUAUUAUACACUACCUGUCGCUAACUCCGUCUAUAAUAAUGGAGAUGAAAAUUUGUCUGACUAUUUUGUAUUUAAUGAGGAGAAUGUAAUUUACAAUGAUAAUAUGUAA